UUGUGUUGUUGCUGAUGAGGGUACGCAAUGUGCAAGUAGCUGGGUAGAACGGAAAAACUAACAACUAUGGAAAGAAGAUCUGUAACUAUGGAAGACGUGGUGAAGCAACAUACCAAAAGAUGUUGUGAAACCUUGGAACCAUUGAACUUAAAAAACUUUAACUUGUAUUGUGAAGAUCGUGCAAGUCAGUCAAAUAUAAGUCAUAAGAUCGUAGAACUGAAUAAACUGGGAAAUACACGCUUUGCUUUUAUAAAUGGUUAUAAAGAUUAUAAGCGAAACUUCCAGGCACUUCAUGGACUCAAAUCAUCUGACAAAUCUGAUUUACAUCAUAUGUUCAAAGAAGAGUUAGAAAAGCAUAUGAUGCAGUCAAGUUUUCUUAACCACCAAAGAAAUGUUCUCAGUUUUUAUUUAACUCAAUUAAAAGACCAAUGUGAGAAAUCUAGCAUCUCCGAUAUAGAAUCUCUAUUAAUGAAAUGCCUCACUGUCUGUAACCUGAUACCACCUGUAUCAGAAAUUAAUUCUUGUGAUGAAGAGCUGGAACAAUAUCAAAAUAUUGCAUCAAUUUUAAGAUGUUGUCAUCAGAAGAAUUUGAACAAUAGUCACAUUGUUACUGAACUCUUGAAAAUGAUAUUGAACAUGCAUUUACUGAAUUCAGAUGAUGCUGGCCGCAUCCGACAUGAAAGUUAUGACAACGGCUUUCUGCAAUAUGUGAUUCAUCAUGCUAAAAAUGAAGGAAUCAAUUUAAACGAUCUUUUAUCUCAGCAUUCUGACAAACUGAACAAAGUAUGGGAUUUUUAUGACCAGUUUUCGAUUCUAAAUGCUAUGGUAAAUGAAGAUAGGGAGAGAAUGCUUUUUCUCUUAAGAUCUGGAGUGCAGAUAUUUCCUCAACAUGAACAGAUGAAAAGCGGUCACAACUUCUCUGACAUAUCCCAAAUCUUGACUCGACCUCAACUCAUGAUUUUGUAUAUUAUGGAAGGAAUACUACAUAAGAACAUGUUUGAUUCUGGAGCUAUCGACACAGUUACAAAAGAGCAAAGAGGGUGUUUUGAAAUUAUAUGUCAAAGAGUUCCAGGCACUAUUUUUCCAACUUCACAUUUCAUGCGAGCACUUGAGGAUGAGCAUGAACAUUUACUUUCACGUGGCAUUGAAAUAGAAGACUGUGAAAAUAGGAGGAGCAAAACAACAAGAUUAGUCAGAAUGUACGUUAAUAAUUUUUAUGAUAUUCCCGUAGCAUGCUACACUAAAAUAUUUAUCAAUUCACAAUCUGUACACAAUAUGCAGUUGUAACACAUUUUAGUG